GGAUUGUUUCACUUCACUUUUAAUUUAAACCAGAAGGAUUUAAACCGCAUCACAUUCAGGAUCGCGCUUUUAACGGAAUCGAGUGAUGAUGACUUUCCAUCGGAGCCUCCUGAUUCUGUAAUCAAUGGCAACAGUCCAGGCCUUGCCCUUAACCCGAGACCCCAGCAAAAGCAUCAGCACUCUGUACCCGGCGUCUUCUCUAACAUCAGCAGACUGCAUUAUGGGCAGCGUGGGCAGUCUAAUCGAGAAGCAGGAAGUGUCACCCACUAAAGUUAACAGAGCGGUCCCUCAAGUACCGCCGCAUCGAGGAAACGGUCCGCGAAAGAAAGGUUUUAACCAGAGGGAGCUGCUUAACUACCUUAACAUCACCAAGAAAGAACCAAAAAGUGGCAAGCACAUCUUCUGUGGGACCUCGUCUAUCAAGCGGGAGUGUUCCAGAGAGGGCGAGAACAUCUACACCAAAAUAUACCAGAAAGAUGGAAAAGAGGUAGACCUGGGAAAGAACUCGCUUCCAAUAGGCGGCAAGUUUGAUAAGCCUCGUUUCAGACCAUCUGCCUUCAAGCCGGUCACGCCAAAGAGCUUCAGCUCCGUCCAAAACCUCUAUCCUUCCAAAUCAGACGAGCUAACCAACGGCACCUACUCCUUCUACUCCAAGACGACCUCCAAAUCUCUUUCUACCUCUUCCACCUCCUCCUCUCCGUCACGAGCCGGAAACGGCGCGAACAAAGGGGUCUUGCUGGUCUCCCACGAGGAGGAGACGGCGUCCGAUUCAGGUCAUAACUCCAUGAGCAGCCUGCCACCCUACCGUCCACCCUUUCGUCCCAAUCUGAGUCAGAUUAGUGCCUCAAUGGGCCACAUCGAGCACAUCGGGUCAUUUGAGAGGGUGGCCAUGGGGGCGGUGGGCAGGGAGGCUCUCAGUUUGGGCCCCGAGUCCUACGAGCUGUCACGCUCUAUGGAGGACGUAGUGAGGGAGCUGGAGGAGCGGCUGCAGGAGAAAGAACAUGAGCUUUGGCAGAUGAGGAGGAAUCUGGAUGAGAGUGAGGACGCCAUUGCACAGGUGUUUGAGGGAAAGCAGAGAAGAUGGGAGAAGGAAGUAACUGAGCUGAAGCAGCUUUAUGCCACUAAGCUGAAGCAGGUAUCCCAGCAGUCUCAGCGCUCGCAGCGAACUCUGCAGCUACAGCUCUACAAAGCACAGCACGAGCGCACCCAACUGCAGGACGAGCUAAACACCCUUCGUAGAGAAUACCAAAACCUGCAGAAACAGCCCGGAAACGGGCAGAACCAUGAACUCCAACCAAAGCUUGAGGAGAGCCAGUGGGAGGUGUGUCAGAAGGUGGGUGAGAUCUCUCUGUUAAAGCAGCAGCUCAGAGAUUCUCAGGCAGAAGUGACUCAGAAGCUGAGCGAGAUCUUCAUGUUGAAGACGCAGCUGAGAGAGACUCGCCAUGAAAUGCGGAUCAAGGAUGGUCAGGUGGACAUGCUGCAACUGGCCCUGCAGGCAGUACGGCAUAAAUGUUCACUGGGACGGUCUGUACAAAACUUGACUACGGUCGAGGACGGUGGGACGUGUGGUGCUACAGAGGAGCGUCUCCGUGCUGAACUGCUGCUGGAACGACGUCAGAAUGAAGCCCAGGCCUCAGCGUUCGACGCCGAGCGCAGUACGUGGCAGCUGGAGAAGGAGAAGGUGCUUCGGUAUCAGAAGGAGCUACAGGCCAGUUACCUGGAAAUGUACCACAAAAACGAGAGCCUGGAGAGAGAACUGCAGCAGCUCAGAGGAGAUGGGGCCGGGGCUGGUGUCAGUGAUGGACACAGGGCCGGGCAGGAGGUGGACGAAAGACUGCGCUCGGAUCUUCCCUGGAUCGAAAGGAUUGAAUCAUCUGAAAUCUAAAUGUAUUAACUGCUGUGGAAAAAGUA